UGACGACAGCGCCCACCACGUGACCGCGCCUUCUUGAAAGUUCGACCGCCGGUCCGCCCGCUUCGCUCGCCGCUCUUCCCUUCAAUCACCGAAGAUGGUGGAGCCGGAGCAAAUGCGGAAGCUGUUUAUCGGCGGACUGAGCUUUGAAACCACUGAAGAAAGUUUACGAGAAUACUACGAGCAAUGGGGCACCAUUGUGGACUGUGUGGUGAUGAAGGACCCCAGCUCGAAGCGUUCGCGCGGCUUCGGCUUCAUCACCUACUCGGUGAUGGAGGAGGUGAACUCAGCCAUGCAGGCGCGGCCACACACGGUGGAUGGGCGAGUCGUCGAGGCCAAGAGGGCCGUGCCGCGAGACGAUUCACGACCGGGAAUCCAAGUGACGGUGAAGAAGCUGUUUGUGGGUGGAAUCAAGGACAACACCGAUGAAUCGCACCUUCGCGACUACUUCUCGAAGUUCGGGCGCGUGGAAAGUGUUGACAUGGUCACCGACAAGCAGACGGGCAAGAAGAGGGGCUUCGCCUUCGUCACUUUCGACGACUACGACCCCGUCGACCAGAUAGUCUUUCAAAAGUUCCACACCAUCAACUGUCACAAGUUGGAAGUCAGAAAAGCACUCUCGCGCCAUGAAAUGGAGACCAUGCAGAUGAACCAGAGAGGUGGCGGUGGAGGCCGUGGUGGGUUUGGACGGGGUGGUGGUGGAGGCGGUGGCGGUGGAAACUUUGGCCGUGGCGGCGGUGGUGGAAACUACGGAGGUGGAGGUGGCUAUGGUGGUGGCAGGGGUGGUGGCUAUGGAAAUGAUGGCUACAAUGGCUAUGGCAAUGGGAACUUUGGUGGUGGUGGCGGCGGCGGAGGCUAUGGGAAUCAUGGUGGCGGCUACAAUGGAGGGGGGGGAGGAGGGGGUGGCUAUGGUGGCGGCGGUGGUGGUUAUGGAGGCGGCAAUUAUGGAGGCGGCGGCCAGUACAAUGACUUUGGCAACUACAACCAACAGCAGUCGAGCUACGGUCCCAUGAAGGGCGGCGGAAACUUCAACCAGAGGAGUGGGGGCCCCUACGGAGGAGGUGGCUAUAACUCUGGCGGUGGCGGCGGCGGCGGAAACUACGGAGUUCGUGGUGGCAGAUACUGAUCAUUGUGGGCAGGAUUUCUCAAAGGCAUCAAUGUAUUAAAAAGGAGGAACUGAACGGGACAGGUGGUGGGGCAGGACAGCGGCAGGUUAUGCUCUUCCUCAUCCCGUGUUGGCGGCAGCCUUCUUACCUUGUCGAGGCAGUGAGGAGAGAGGCUUUUAACAGAGGAGCCCACAGACGCCUGCGGUAGACGCGAGAUUGUUAGUGCGUUCAUCCUUUGGGAAUGGUUUUUUCGAUAGGUGAAAAUGAAUAAUAAAAUAGUUGUUAAGGCUGUUACCUAUUUGUUUUUUCCCUUGUGUUAACGACAAGCAAAACACUUUGUUUUUAAGUUCUACCAUUCCAGAGCUUGCUGGAUGAUGAACGGCCGUUUUUAGUUAACUUCAAUACCUUUUUAUCUUUUGUAUGAAAGCGUAGUAUUUUUGUCUAGCAUAUGAUACUGUAACUGUGACUUAUUCGGUUGUUUGGAAACAGAAAAAAAUGUAGUUAUUUUUUUUCUCUCCUGUGCACAUGUUGGUUUGUAUUGUAGUGUCGAAUAAAAGACAAUUUAAGAUA